GGUUUCUAGUCAAAUGACUCAAAUCGGACAGAUAAUCGCGUCUACUUUUAACUCUUUAAACGAUAAAGGAUACGAAGUAGCAAAAUGGCAUCUGAUUGGACAUUCUAUGGGUGCUCACAUUGCAGGUUGCAUUGGAACAUACAGUAAUUUUACUUUUUUACAUAUUACAGGUUUAGAUCCCGCGGGAGUUAUCUUUUUCACUGACUUGUACGAAGAUUGUGUAAUGAAUCCAAAAGUCGCACAUUUCACGGAUGCUUUUUACACGGAUCGUGGUACACACGCCACUGUGAAAAAUGUAGGCAAUCUUAAUAUUUACGCUAAUUUUGGAACAGCACCCCAACCUGGCUGCUAUUCAAAUAAUUCAUCACAAAUAGACGUGCAUGAAUGCAGCCACAAAAAAGCAAUGAAAUGGUACGCCGAUGCAGUAAGAAACAAAACAAGAUAUUUGGCCACAAAAUGUGAGGACUGUCUAUUGCACUUACGUUUCAAAUACUGCAAAGACAAUGACCAGAUUUACUUAGGACCGCAUGUAAAUACGAAAAAAACCGGCAUCUACUGUCUUUCAAUCGAUUAAAGGAUGUCUUCAUUUAUUAGACAAGAGCAAAAUAAGUAUCACGAAU